UCUUAUAGAACUGGUUUAAAUAAUUAUGCUUAUAUUAACUAUAAACAUUAUAGAAUUUUUAUGUCCUUUGUUUCUACGGUUCCAGAUUCUCCUAGUGUCCAAAUAGUCCAGCUACCUGUCUCCUCGAAAUCCAGCUCUGUUUCACCAUGGGGGAAACAACCUGUAAUGGAUCAAUAGAUGGCUCACCCGUCUUCUACCUUGUGGGCAUACCCUCUCUUCCAGAGACCUUCUUCCUUCCUGUGUUUUUUAUUUUCCUCCUCUUCUAUCUUCUCAUCCUUAUGGGUAAUACCCUGAUCCUGUUGGCCGUGGUAGCAGAGCCCAGCCUCCACAAGCCCAUGUACUUCUUUCUGAUCAAUCUCUCAGCACUGGACAUCCUUUUCACCACAACCACUGUCCCCAAGAUGCUCUCCCUGUUCCUGCUUGGGGACCGCUUCCUCAGCUUUCCUUCAUGCUUAUUGCAGAUGUACCUUUUCCAAAGCUUUACAUGCUCAGAAGCCUUCAUCCUGGUGGUGAUGGCCUACGACCGCUAUGUAGCCAUCUGCCGCCCACUGCACUACCCUGUCCACAUGACUCCACACACCAAUGCUGCACUCGCAGCCAGUGCCUGGAUCACUGCCCUCCUCUUGCCCAUCACAGCCGUAGUAAAGACUUCCCAGAUGGCAUAUAACCACAUUGCCUACAUCUACCACUGCUUCUGUGAUCACUUAGCGUUGGUCCAGGCAUCCUGCUCUGACACCAGCCCCCAGACCCUCAUGGGCUUCUGCAUAGCCAUGGUGGUGUCCUUCCUCCCGCUUCUCCUGGUGCUUCUUUCAUAUGCUCACAUUCUGGCUUCAGUUCUUCGCAUCAACUCCCAAGAAGGACGUUCAAAGGCUUUUUCCACCUGCAGCUCCCACCUCCUUGUGGUGGGCACCUACUACUCAUCCAUUGCUAUAGCCUAUGUGGCCUACAGGGCUGACCUGCCCCUCGACUUCCACAUCAUGGGCAAUGUAGCCUAUGCUAUCCUUACACCAAUCCUCAACCCACUCAUUUAUACCCUGAGAAACAAGGAUGUCAAGGCAGCCAUCGCCAAAAUUGUGUAUCUCAAGACCCAGGCUGUGACAGGUACAUUGGACCUUCAAACGUAGCUCAUUCUCUCCCAGGGCACCAAAUAAGAAUGCUUAGCAUGGAGUAGAAACUCAAUUCAUAUGGUUGAAUGAAUAAAUUUAUGAAUAUAAAAAAAUAAAAUUCAGUUAAAUGACUUUAGUCCAGCACCUUC